GGGAACAAGGUGCCUGUCUGGCUCUGUGCUCUCAUAACACAUCCCGUCAAAAUCCAGUGUAACACUAGUCAUCGAUUCCCCAAAACAGUGGUUCAUUUUGCUGUUUACGUUGGUGAAGUGCAUGACAACGUAAAGGAUUUCAUCUCAAAGUGACACUUCACUACUGCACUCCAAAACACAGCAGCAGUAGCCAAACGUUUCCCUCGGUGUUGCUAUGCUUACACGUCAUCUGUCUUUUUUUCUACCCCUCCAUCACUUAAAGUUCACGUCCUCCUCUUUACUGCUUCAGUGGCCGCAUAACAUUUUGGUAGCCCUGCGCGCAGACUGACAGGCAAGCAGCGCGCUUCAACCAUCAAAAACAUGAAGUGGGGAUUGACGAUUGUGUGCUUGAGCUUUGUGUGUCUGUCGGAGUGUGCACCUCCGACUUGUUACUCCAGGGCACUCAGCCUCAGCAAAGAAGUGAUGACCCUGUUGGAUAAGAUUCACACUUAUCAUCGCACGAAAACGUGUGCUCGGGACCUGCCCACCAUCUUCCUUGACGUGCAUAACUCCUGCAUCACAACCAAGCUGCGGGACUUCCUAUACGUGGUGCUCAACCACCCCAGCCCGUACUGCAGGGAACGACCCAGGAUAGUGCUGCUCAAACGUAAAAUCCAAAACUUGUACUCCAUCAUCACAAGGAUUUGUUAUCGGGACCUGGUGUUUUUCACAGACGACUGCGAAGCCAUCGAUACCGGACACAGCAGGCCUCACUUUGCAGAGGACAGGCUACAGCUUCUGCAGGAGGAGAGAUAAGCAACACAAGGAGUAGCGUGAAAUAAGCACUCAAAUACACAGUGCACACAUACAAGUAUAAUGUACAUUUAGCAACGUAUUCAACCAUAAGCACCAUGGUACGACUUAACUGCACAUUCAUUUUAGUGGACAUGCAUGGUUACAUUCCUGCAAUGAGGGCAGAACUUUCCACAGGAAAUUUGCCGAAUGCCAACCAUGCCGAUGCAAACCUUGAAAUAAUAAAUGCUUGUGAGUCGGGCUUAGCCUCUGCUUACUUUAGCAGGGCUGAUCAAAGCUUUGUGUGUCAUUAAGAGAAAUAGGCUGUGUUGCCAUAACCCUUGCUCUGACUCAAAUGUCUUAAAAGGAGCACUGUUUGCAGCUUUUGGGGACCAUUUUUAAAAUUGAACAUGCUUGUUGAAAGUUUUAUGGAAGGAAUAUGUACAGUAGCAUUGCUUCCAGUCAGGCCAAGACUUUGCAAAGUCAUUGUUUGUAUGGCUUGAAAGCAAUAUAGGUGCUCAAGGUUUAACAUUUCAUAUUAAUUGUAGUUGCCUCAUGCUUGUUUGUCUUCUAUAUUUCAAAGCUUCCCUUUAUGCAGUACACAAGAAUAAACAUUUCAUUUUGUAAUGAUUUAUUGAUUAUCUAUCUGUCUGUGAUUUAUUACUGGGGGCAUCUUGACUUUACACACGCUUCCUUGCAAAGCUUCCAAAUGUUAAAAUGCCAGGGCACAGAUUUUCAAUGGACAAAGCACAAUGCUGACCACCAGUGGAGACCCGUACCACAAAAACAUUUCAAGUGUUUUGUUUUCUUUCAAAGUAGUACAUCCUAGUUUACCUGCAAAACCCCCUCUGAGCCCAUCCACAUGCUUCGCUAUGGCAACCGCAACUGAGUAGGCAGCCAUGAUGUCACCUUUUAAAAGUGCUCCAAAUGUGUCAAAUUGCGAGGGCGUCGCUUGUGCACUCACUGCCCCCAUCAGGCCACUCCACAGACCUUCAUGCUGAUCACGACAAUGCGUCAAAGUGAGUACUUUUCAAUAAGUACGGUGUUGCUUCCUGUAUGUUUGUUUUGAGUGUAAAUAAUGCCCCGGAAGUACAGUGUUGUUGUUUUUGUGUGUUUGCACAUAUAAAGGCACAUGCAGUAUACAACAGUAAUUCCAAGAAAUACUUGCAAAUCCUUUAAUGUUGCUGUAUGUCUCUCGUCCUAGACAUUGAGAUAUUGCCAUGGGGGAGUAACCGAGGUGAAGACAGAGGUCCCUAAUCUCCCUAAUUGCUCCCACGUGCUGGUAAGAUCCAUCACGGACGUUAAAUUAAUAAUACAUGCAUAUGUACUGUAUUUACAGAAAACAAACCAUGCAAUGCCGUUAUCUGCCACAAGAUGGUAGUGUUUGCUAACAUUCGCCAUCACAUCACUUACAAAUUAUCUGACCGAACUUAAAGAUCAGAUGCAUACUUAUACCGACACAAUUGUGGUUUUGCAACAUUGAUUAAAUAAUUUGAAGAAUUCUACAUUUUACAGUACAUUUUACAGCGUGCUAUCCAGAUUUAGUUCAGUUUAUAAUUUACAGUAUUUCUUCACACCUCUUUCUAUAAUGUGUUACGCUGUUAUACUAAUCCCAACUCAUUUAUUAUAUUAACGUCCAUGCAGUGAGGUAUUGGGUAGGUAGUAUUUAGACAAUAAUUCAUACUUAAUAUACUUCAACACAAUCAAAAUGUGACUGAAGUGUAGAUUCUGAGGUUUUAAG